CGCUCCUCGGCCGAGCGCCCGCCCGCGACCUUCCUCUCCUGCGCGGUGGGCGGCACGCAGGCUCGGCCCCCGCGCCGGGGCGCGCGGGAGCCACCUGUUGACACAGAUUUGGGCAGCCCAGGCGGUCAAUUAUUAACCGACCGUGCAGCCGGCACCAGGAAACCCGAGCCGGCGGCGAAAGCGGAGCCGGGCCCGACGGCGGCGGGAGGCGCCGGGCGCAGGAGCUGCACCGCCCCGCCCGCCCCGCCGCCGGCCCGCGCCAUGGACGCAGGAGCGGACACGAAAGGGGGCGCUGGCCCCGCGGCCCCCGAGGACCCCCAGGGCCCGGAGCUCCCGCAGCUCCCGCGCCGCCCGCAGCUGCUGGACGAGGACGGAGGGCCCCGUGAGGAAGCGGCCGCGGAUGGGGCCAGCGCCCCGGCCCCGGAGGACCCCUCGGCCGACUCCCAGGCCGAGGCCGCAGCCGCGGCGGGGUCCCCUGCUCAGGCCCAGGCCCAGGCCACAGGCGACACCAGGCAGGGCCCCAAGGUGGCGGCCGGAGGCAUCCCCAACAUCGGCUUCGUGGGCGAGCCCCCGCCCUACGCGCCGCCGGACCCCAAGGGCGUGCCCCUGCUGUACCCGCCCUUCCCGCAGGGAGCCGUCCUGUACCAGCCCGGGCCCGCGCCCCAGGCGCUGUACCCGCCGCCCGCCACGCCCCUCUACCCCGCACCCACCCCGCCGCAGCUGUUUGCGUCCUUCCCCGUGUACAACAGCGCCCUGGCCGCUGUGCCGGGCCCCGCCACCAUCGAGCACCGGCCGCUGCCCAAGGACUACAUGAUGGAGUCCGUGCUGGUGACCCUGUUCUGCUGCCUGCUCACCGGGCUCAUCGCCAUCGUGUACUCCCACGAGACCCGCGCGGCCCUGAGCCGGGGCGACCUGGCCCAGGCCGAGGAGGCGUCCCGCAAGGCCCGCUCCCUCGUGCUGUUCAGCCUGCUGUUCGGGGUCUUCGUGUCCACCAGCUGGGUCAUCUACGUGCUGGUGGCACUCUACCUGCCCUGAGGGCUGG